CUUUACUCAAAGGAACCGCCGAUAUGAGCCCGUCGCUUCCGGUAAUGCCUCCUUUUCGGCAGCGGCUUUUUCCUCGCCAACAUGCCACUCGCAAAAGACUUGUUGCACCCAUCCCCUGAGGAGGAGAAGAGGAGGCACAAGAAGAAGCGUCUCGUACAGAGUCCCAACUCUUACUUCAUGGAUGUGAAAUGUCCAGGAUGCUACAAGAUCACAACUGUGUUUAGCCACGCUCAGACGGUCGUGCUGUGUGUCGGCUGCUCGACAGUCCUGUGUCAGCCCACUGGAGGCAAAGCACGUCUCACAGAGGGGUGCUCAUUCAGGAGGAAGCAGCAUUAGCUGCGCUCCCGGAGCUGAAUGGGAGAGGAGGGAUGGACCGGUUGAUAUCAGCGUCUUCCGCAACCCCACGAUGAAGCAAGACCUGCAGGCAGACUGAGCAGCAGAAGCGGUUUCUACUGUUCAACAGAUCGGUUGUUGCUGUAACUCCACCCUCCAACCCUGUCUCUCUGAAUAAAAUAUUGUUUUGGCUAUAGGA